AUAUUAAAUAUUUGUAUUUUAUAUCAUAUUAAAUGUUAAUAAUUAUGGUUGUAUUAUAAACAGAGUUCUUUAUAACCGCUACUUGUAAAUUGGACAGUCAUUAAAGAUCAGUUGAAGUUUUUUCUAGAAAUAAGGUAAUUUAUUUCACAGGAGAUACAUAAAGUAGGUACGAGGGUUCUCUGCGGAACCAUUGAGAAGAUUCUGAAAUGGAACAGAUCUUUACAAGACAUCGGAGUUAUGGUGUUAUAUGAGCUAGUUGGUAAAUGCGUUAGUGUAAGUCCAGGGGAUCGAAGCGCCCAGAACUUGGUGGUGAGAGACGAAAGCGGUCCCGCGAUGCAGGUGGUGUAUUACGAAAUCGACUUGUUACUGCCAGAUUUGUCGCUGCCUUGUACUGUUAGGGUUGUCGGGCGCAUGUUAUCUGGCUCCAGCAGGAUGCAGGGCUUCAGUGUUCGUGUCGCCAGGGCGGAUGACGUCACAGCUCUGUCACGUCGCACCGCCGUCGCCAUGAACCAGGUGGAAGAGUUGAUCAAAAAGUAUGGAGGAAGUACUUAAUAUAUUAAAUUUAUGAAAUAUACUUAUAUAGUAUAGCUCUAAACCACUGGGUUGUGUUAGAGCUACUUAGAAUUGUCGUAA